AUGCACACCUCAACGCGAACCGCCGCCGUCCACCUGGCCUUUUUCCUUCUGCUCACCGUCUGUUUGCACCAGUUGUGCCACGCUGAAGAGGCGAGCAGUGAGGCGCCGGCAAAAAAGAAAAUUACCAAACUGCAAAUUGGCAUUAAAAAGCGAGCUGAAAACUGUUCGGUUAGAGGCUCCAAAGGGGACACUUUGCACAUUCACUAUCGGGGUACGCUCUACGAUACCGGCGCCGAAUUUGACAGUUCUUACAAACGGGGCAACCCACUGACUUUUAAACUGGGAGCCGGUCAGGUGAUUGCCGGCUGGGACCAGGGCCUGUUGGGCGUUUGCGAGGGUGAGAAGCGCAAACUGGUCAUUCCCUCGGACAUGGCCUACGGCUCUGCCGGCUCACCGCCCACCAUUCCGCCUGAUGCUACCCUGGUCUUUGAAGUGGAGUGCGUCAAGAUUGAGGGUCGCAAGGGUGAACUGUGA